UUCUCUGCGGAGUUUGAUCAUCUGAAUAUUGAUUGUGUGGUGUCUAACGGCAGUAACGCUCCGAGUAUGGACAUGCAUUCAAGCAUUUAUGUUCGGAUACAUUGAACACUUUUAUACUUUACUUAUCUCUGAAUUGUUUAUUUCCUAGAAUUUAGGACAAGAGGGAGUGGGGCUGUAUAGCAGUCGUGGCUGUGGUCAGAGGACCUUUGGUCAGAAGUAUGUGCAUGGUGACGUGUCGUGUGUAACCUGCAACUCCAGGGUCGACAUCGUCUACAUCGCCACUCGAGGGAAAUUAACAAGUACGAGAUAAUAUCCACCAGAGGAUGACUUUAAUUACAUAUGGUUAAUGCUAUCUAGCAUUUGGAACAAAUAAAGAAAUGGCUACAAAAGGGAAAGGAUUAACAAUUGAUGUUGGACUUUACCCUUGGGUAACCACAAGUGAAGGGGGAAAGAGUGACAUCAGUGACAUCAAGGCAGUGUAUGAUAUCCUGAAAGAUGUCCAUUUACUUCAGACUCAUUUAAGAGAUGAGAACUAUUUCAAAUUGACGGGAGUUGAAUCAGAUGGCAAGUUUAUAACCCUCAAGUGUUUGAUAUUUGAUUUAUGGGAGUUGAAAAGCCUGUCCAAGUCAGUAGAAGAUGGCUCCCUUGGAAAGAAGCUGUCAAAUUAUGCUACAGAAAAAGGACUAAAAGUAUGUCUUGGACUAGAAGUAUGUCUUGGACUGAGGAAAACAGAAGUGUCAUUUCAGCUUGAUAUCACAAAACGUGACUUCAUUGAUGCGGAAAGGUUUUUGAAAAAAACCAGGUGUGAAUAUCAAGAUAAUUCUCGACAAAAGGACAAUUCAGAAAAUCAAGGCAGACAGGAAGAGAAAAUUUCUGAUGGGGAAUCACAAGACAAAAGACAAAGAUCAUUGUCUAAAAGUCAGAAUGGGACAGGAAAUACUUCACAAGGAGCAGAAUUGACCACAUGUCAACAGGGAAGGGACACUCAACUUGGCAACACCACUGUUGUAGACACAGAAUUCUAUGUGUUUGUGGCAUCACCAAGUAAUAACAAACGUAUCAUCGACAAGGUGGAAAUUAAUGUGUUAACAAUUGGAUACCAAUUCUAUAAAAUGGAUCACUUCAAUGGUAACAUCUGGAGGUUUGCAGCAAGUUUACCAUCCAAUGUGGAAACAGUUUCUUACAUGUAUCAAGUAUGUUAUUUGGGAAAAGGUCGUUUUUGGAACUCCCAUGAAUCAACUUCUGGACUAAUUAAGUUUUGCAAACGUGGAACUGUUAACCGUGACUUUUUUGAUCUGUGUGAUAUUUCAAAAGGGUACAUUGAACACGUUGCUGCCAUCAUUCUGCGAUGCACCUCUCAGGGGUUGAAGGAUUCAAUCAUAGAAGUUGAUAACCUUUCUGACUUCCUUCAUAAAUGCUCUUUUUGUGUGCAUUUGAAAGACAUUCUUGAAGAGUUAAAAGAAUACAUUGACAGGAAUGAGAACAAUGUUUCAAGAGAUGCAUAUGCUGUCUUAUCAUAUAUGUUUGGAAAGUUGAUAGUUCUAUUCAGCAUUUCAAACAGAACAAAACAUUUGAAUACUAAAAUAUGUAUGGAAAUUCUUCACAGUUUCCAGGCAAUGAUGCCUGAGUCAGUUCCGGAAAAUUCACUUGGUGUAUUUGCAAAGGUUGCAGAAUACAUCAUACACAUUACUUCCCCUGAAGAGAAGUGUAAGGUGUUGAAACUCCUAGAAUUUGCCUUCCCAUUCUUGCCUACAAAGAUCUUUAUCAGACAAGUUAGUGAAUGUAUUAAGAACUUACGAUCUAAGAGUUUGUGUGAAGAUGUUGAUUAUUUGUCACAAAUCAUCAGAAAAAUAUCAGGAAAUCUUUGCAGAGAUAGAGAAGGUUGCCGUGAACUCUUGCUGAAAAUUCUCACACACUCAACAGUACAACAGGUGAAGAAGUUGAAGGAUGAAUGUGCCACAUGUCUUUCAAAAGAAGAAAUAGAAGACUUGUUUGAAAUGAAGGUCAUGCAAGAGAUGAAAUAUGCAGGAAAACAAAGGCAUUUUGUGCAAUUACUUGAUCUGUAUGUCAUUAUAGGGGAAUCCUCAAUGACAGAUUCCAUACAUGGCCAGCUAAAAAGGACAUGCUUAACUAUGAUAACAGAUUCACAAAUCAAAGAUGAUUUGGAUGUGGAGGCAGCAAUGAAGUUGGUCACAUUCCAAGACUUGUUCAGUCAAACAAAAGAUCGUACAGAAGUAUUGAAAUGCUUGGCUGGCUGUAAGAAUGUUAAGCUACAUCAACUGUUCAUAAAUCUGCUCAGAAUACAGUAUUUGGACAAAGACAGUACCACAGAUGUCAUUGCAAAGUGGGCCAAAUGUUGGUUGGACACAGCUAUUAGUAAUCUGGGUGUGAAAAGAUCCUAUGGGUGCAAAGUAGAUGACCUUGAAGAAGUUUACUUGAAGCUAGAAUUGGCCUUGUCACUACCACAGAUUGCUGAAAUGGAAGAUUUAACAAAGUCCCUUAAAAACAAAACAUUUGAUUUUCUCCAACAAAUAAGUGUUCAUGAUUUGCUAGACAAGUUGAGCAAGGUAGACGUGUUGCAAAAUUCAACUGUUUUACCAGUUUUUCAAGAGCAUCUGCAAGGACACCUUUUCAAAGGAAACAACAGGUCACAUAGGUCUGGAAUUCUAUCUGAUAUCACAAAUAAGUCCACUAAAGAUGGCAAGGUGUACGUCUGUAGAAGGUUACAUGCAAGAAUCAUUGUUUUGGGUGUAAACUACUCAGGUCUUGCGGAAGAUUUAGAUGACAUUGAUGCCUUGAUAUUGAUGCUCCAGAACUGGCAGUUUUGGAGUUUGGUAUUCAACAUUGAAGGUGAAUUCCAGAAAGACAUCAUGCAAAAUCCACUUGCACAGAAAGCCAAGAAAAUAGCAAGAGUUUUCAAGUCAAAGCUGGAAAAUAAAACCCUGUUGCUAAAAUUCAUGAAGAAACUUAUUGAUGCAAAGAACAAGAACAUUGAUGGAUUUUGUAAAAUAUUAGUUGCUUCAAGUUCAAAUACUGACUAUGAAACAAUGAAAGGUGAACUAACUAAGCACAUAGAAGCAAUUACUGUUGCUGAAAGGGAUCAACAAUUGUUGACUAAAGUGCUAAAAAAGAUCAGUUCUUUCGAUGGCAUUCAUGUCCCAGAUGCAAAUCUUGCUCAGGAUAUCCUCAAGAUGAAAGUAUUAGAAUUUCAACAAGGUGAUGUACCAAUGCAAAGUAUUUUCGAUCAAACACAUUGGGAGCCAUUUACAAGUUUCCUUACAUGCUCAGAAACAGUGGCAACAGUAGUUCAGUCUGGCAUCUAUUGGCAAGUAUGCAUGGAAUCAACAAAGGAAUGGCUUUCAAAGAUGGAUGUUAAUGAAAUUGACACAGCUGCAGAUCCAGUGGAGGACAUUUGUUGUCUUUUUGGAAACACAAGAGUUUCAGAAAUACCUGAAGUAACACUAAGAAUAUGUGGUGAACUUGUUAAAGAUGGACUAAGUAAAUACAAGAAGAUCUGGGGUCCUUUAUUCAAGGAAGAGGAUGCAAAUUUAGGUUGUCUACAAAUUAUUGUAGACACAAAAGAUAUGAAAGAAGAAAUCAGAAUUGCAGAAAGAAUUUUCAAAGCUGACUUUCCUGAAUGGAUAGUGCAUGCAUUUGAAAUAAUCCGAGCCUACUCACAGUAUGACAAGAAGUUGAAAGUAAUCAGCAAAGUAGUAUCAGUUCUUCAACAUAAUGCUGUAGAAGAUGAGUCUUUUACUGAAACAGUACAUGCAUUUUCAGCACUCAGAGAUGAGAAUUUUGAUCAUAUUUCCCUAUUUAAGCUACGUCACAUAAGAAAGCUGUUGGAUGAAAUUGAAAAAUUAGUUACAGAUGACCUCCAGCAUGUUCUCAACGAACUGUCAACAUCAAAACAUCUGAUAGACUUCUUAAAGGACAAACCCAUGGAUGAUUUACGUAAUCUUAUUGAUGCCGUUGAGGAACACUCAGAGCAGUCAAUUCAAGAGUCGACAGUAUCAGCAUUGAUAGCUGUGAAACGAUUCCUCAGUCCCUUGAUGCAUUCAGGAUCAGAAAAGACAGUACUUCAAGUACUUACAGUGCUGAGUAAAUCCGUAAAUGAUUCUCAGGUUGAAAAGCUAGCAGAAAAGAUAAGUGUUUGUAAGACGCAUUUGCAUGGCCUUAAGGCUCUGUUCAAUAAUGUUGCCAAUAGAGGAGAAAUGACAAAAGAUGUUGUGAAAAACACAUUGAAGAAAGGUGCAAAAUUCUCAUUCAUGUCAGAUGAAAAGGGAUGCAGUGUACGAUUAGCAUACAAAAGUCAUGGUGUUCAUACAACACAUACCAGAACAGAUUUGAAUGAUCUAAGAAGCAGGGUAUUACUGAUGGUGAAUACUGAAGCAAAUAGAAAAACUCCUGGACAUCAGAAGGACAAAGUUCAAAUGGAAUAUGAAUCAUUCAUUAUGAAAGUGGAUGAGGCCAUCGAUAUUGGUAACAUAUUGGACAGAUUGCGUCAAUCAGGUUAUCCAGAUUGCAAAAGUUUGUUGAAAGGGACACUUGACAUCAGUCAUCUUGAGGCCCACCGUGAGCAUCUUGAAACCACCUGGACCAUCUGGCAGAGUGCCUUAUCUAAUUGCAGACAAACUCAUUACUGGUUAAAUUUUUUCUAUCCUGAACAAUUAAGAACAAUUCACUUGUUCUUGGAGGAAGGGACUGAUGAAACUACGACAAGGAAUUUGCUUGGAUAUACUGGUUGCAAAGUUGAAAAGCUAAAUUCUGCCAGAAUGACCUAUCAGACGGUGUCUUCUGUAGAUAUGAAAGAUACACAAGAUAAUUUUGGUUUAAAGACAGUUGGGAUAACCUUAGAUAGAGUACUAUCAGAGCUGACUUGUCAGAAAAUGGCAUUUCCAAAAGACACAUCUGCACCAAAACAGCCUGUCCGUAUAGCUGAUGCUGUUCAGCCAGGAAAUAUCUUUGUUGCUAGUUUAGAUGAAAACAGCAGCAUGGUCAUUCCAACAGUGCUUGCACUAUAUCAAAACACUACAGGACUCCUUCCUCUCCCUCAUCAACUUCUCUUUUGUCUGGAAGAUACACAUUGGGGAGAUAUUGAACUUCUAUUAAACAGGUGCCAUGGAUCCCAAAACCUAACAUACCCACAGCUGUUUGUAAUCGUGUCUGUUGAAAAAUUAUCCAAUGAUGUCCAAUUUCAGCUUGUUGAGUGUUUGAAAAGGCUAGCGUACAGCAAUGUUUUAAUGGCAGUGGUUUGUGAAGGGUCUCAUCACCCAUUUUUGGAUCAUUUUGGAGAGAGAGUGAAUCAGGUUCAACCAUUGUCUGAAUCAUCAAUGGAAACAUGUCUUCAGAAUUUGUUUCCAAAUGUAAUUACUGUUACUUCAGAUCUUCCUGGCCAAGGCAAAUCAGAAACAAUACAGGAACUAGCUCACACAGAGAAUCUGGACGUCUGUACUUUACACCUCAGUGGGGAUGUUACACCACCAGAAAUGAUCAGAAAGUUAAGAUGUCUUGAUUUGUCACCAUUCCAUGUUCUCCACAUUGAUAUUGGUUUGAUUUCAAGCCCAUUUGACUUAGAAAAGCUGCUUUUUCAGCUCAUUGUUCUGAAGACGAUUUCUCAUAAAUCUGACUUGUUCACUUUGGUGACAAAUCAUGUUUACAUCGAAAUUGCAAAUACAAUUGAUAGUGUUUUGAGAAAUUCACUUCAGACAGUCACAUUUUUUAAACGGGAACAUGUGAGAUGGCAAAACUAUGACAAUUUCUGUGUUAGUCAAGAAAUUUGUAGUCCAGUUCAAGUUGUUUGUAAUUUCCUGAAUGUGUAUGAUAAAGGAGAAAUGGACAUUGUUGAUUUGUACUUCAGUGGUGAAAAACAGUGUAAACCACUGAAAGAACAACGUUGCCAAGAACUGUUGAGAUACUAUUUCUCAUAUGACACGGAUCUGUCUUUUACAAUUGUUCAAGUUUUCUUAAAUCUAUUGGCAGAUCAGUUAAAGAAAUUUUCCUGUAGUCAUUACUUUCGGACACAGACUGUAGCAGGAAUGCUUGGAACAAGUCAGGUAAAUGAUGUGAAAACCCAGGUAUUGAAAGCUUUGCUUGAAAUGUCCAAGGAAUUUGCUGCAAGAUCAGUGCAAUCUAGCAGACAAAAUAUUAGUAGUGACCAUGUCAGUGACAAGCAGCAAAUAGCAAAAACAUUGGCAACAGCACAUGCAAUGACACAGCGCGUAGACAGUAUGAUUCAGUGGUCACAAAGCAAUCACUUGAUUGUUGCCUUUCAUAAUCAAGAUAUCCAUACUCUUACAGCUCUCUACAGGUCAAAACAGAUGGUGGAAGUUAGUGUCAGGAAGUUAUUUGAAACUCAAAUAGGAAGGAAAAUGCCAGAGUUUUCCGAUUUGCAUCAAACUGAACUGCAAAAGAUAUUGCAGCAUGUUGCUCGCUUCAAACAAGAGUUAAUUCCACAAGAGGAGUUAAAGAAAAUAGAUGAAAUGUAUGCUUUGACUCCAGAUAAUCUUUUGAAGAUGGUAUUGAUUGUCCUUCGAGUGCGUGCACAUAUCCCAGUGAUACUCAUGGGUGAUACAGGAUGUGGCAAAACAAGUCUCAUUCAUUAUCUGUCCAAAAUUUGUGGUGUGGUUUUCAGAGUGCAAAACAUCCAUGCUGGUGUUGAAGAGUCUGAUUUAGUUGAUUUUGUGCUGGCAAAUAAUGCUUUUGCUUUGUCAAACAUGAAUGAACAUGUAUGGGUGUUUCUUGAUGAAAUCAACACAUGCAAUCAUCUUGGAUUGAUUAAUGAUAUCAUAUGUCAUCACUGCUGUCAAGGACGAAUGUUGGCACCCAAUCUUAUAGCAAUGGCAGCCUGCAAUCCUUACAAACUGAGAACUGAAGAGAGUAUUUUCACUGCCGGUUUGGAUAACAAAGUGGUGCCUGAUGAGCAGUCAAAGCUUGUGUACAGAGUGAAUCCACUGCCAGAGAGUAUGGUUGACUACAUUUGGGAUUAUGGAAGCCUCAGCAAAACUGAUGAAGAAUCAUACAUUAGAAGGAUGAUUUAUGAUGCUGUUUCAAAACACCUUGUAUCUUGUCUUGUUGAACUUCUGACAAUGUCACAAGAAUUCAUUAGAAAAAAGGAACAAUCAAGUUCCUGUGUGAGCCUACGUGAUGUUAACAGAUGUAGAAUUCUGAUAAAGUGGUUUCAAGAAACACUAAAAAUGAAAAUUGAACUUCUGAAUAAAUGUUUGACUCAAAACCGACAGAAAUUUGAAAUAAAGGCAGUUAUUUUGGCUUUGGCACAUGUAUAUCACUCAAGACUGCCUGAUACCUCAAGUAGGAAGGAGUACAGGGAGAACAUGUCAAGAGUGUUUGAGAGACAUGGAGACAGUGAGAGUGAAACAGACAUAUUCAAGAUAAUACAUGAAGAACAAAGAGAUAUUAUACGGAGAAUGGAAUUGCCGGAUGGCAUAGCAAAGAACACAGCUCUUCAGGAAAAUGUGUUUGUUAUCAUGAUAAGCAUUCUCAAUAGAAUUCCAAUUUUUGUUGUUGGAAAACCAGGCUGUAGCAAGUCAUUAUCAUUGCAAUUGAUAAAGAGCAAUUUACGAGGCCAUGAUUCAACUGAUCCAUAUUUUCAGAAGUUACCUCAGUUGUACUGUGUGGCUUUUCAAGGAUCAGAAUCAUCUACUUCAGAUGGCAUCAUCAAAGUCUUUGAGAAAGCAGAACGUUACAGGGAGUCAACUAAGGAAGAAAAUGUCCUACCUGUGGUUAUAUUAGAUGAAAUUGGUUUGGCAGAAACAUCAAAAUUUAACCCUUUGAAAGUUCUUCACAGUCGGCUAGAACCUUGACAUGG